UCCCCCCUUUCUCGAAAAAUCUUCAAUUUAAACAGGCACGAAGUACCUCUGGCGAUCUUUCCUUGGUCGCAUUUGAGUCUCUCUGCCAGAGGAAUAAAGAGCCAGAGAAAUUCCUGAGCAAACCUUCAACACGCUUUCCGCCUUGCCACCGAUCACCGAGCUGCUUGCCAGUCGCCAGCCAGGAUGGUGCUGAGCUAUCUGCUCUUCUCCAUUCUCCAUUUCUUCCAAUUCGUCCUCGCCAUCACGGUCUGCGGACUCUAUGGCGCUGACAUCGACCGGACGCGCAAGGCCGGCGGACAGGCUGACGGAAAAUGGGUUUACGCAGUAGUCGUGGGCGGUAUCUCCGCCGUGACGACGCUCCUCUACUGGAUCCCCUUCAUCCUCCGGUUUGCGCUGAUCUGGGCAUGGAAUCUGAUCCUCUUCAUUCUGUGGAUCGCUCUUUUCGGCCUGUUCGGCGGCAUGUACAUCCACGAGGACCCCAAUGGGAAUGGCGACAUCCAGCGUAUGAAGAACGCCGUCUGGGUUGUGCUCGCCAGCGCCAUCCUGUGGCUGAUCGGGGUUAUCGCCCAUUUUAUCUACUGGUGGGGCCAUCGGGAGCGUCACACUCGCUUCACCAGUCGCGCCAAGGUUUGAGGCACUGGGGUACGCUCAUCCCGGAGGGCUACCGGAAGGAUUGGGUCGGAUGAUACCCUGCGGCGUUGGCGCGUCCUGGGGAGAAGCACACAAUAAGGGAUCGGCUUUUGGGCCGGGAUAUCAUGAUACGUUGCAUUUUCAACCCGUUAAAUUGGCCUUAUCUGGCAUUGAGCCUUUCGGCAUUUGUGCCGGUCGAAGAUAAUAAUAACAUGACUCUAAUGCCAGAUCGCUUUAGCAGCACCAGGCUCGUUCGAUCGAGAGGUGAGAGUCAACGGAGAAAUGACGUCAUUCCAUACUCCUUUAACAUGAGACGAUCCCCCAGCGGU